UUCCACGCAUCAGUUCGAACUUAAAGAAGCGCGAAGCAAUGGUGAAAAAGUGAGAAAUUAAAGAAGAAGAAGAAGAAGAAGAAGAAGAAGAGCGAUGGUGGUUAGGAAAGUAGGGAAGUACGAGAUAGGGAGGACGAUUGGGGAAGGAACCUUCGCGAAGGUGAAGUUCGCUCAGAACACUGAGACCGGUGAGAGCGUCGCCAUGAAAGUUCUUGACCGCGCCACAAUCAUCAAGCACAGCAUGGUGGACCAGAUCAAGAGGGAGAUUUCUAUUAUGAAGCUAGUGAGGCAUCCCUAUGUUGUUCGCUUGCAUGAGGUUCUAGCAAGCAGAACGAAGAUUUAUAUCAUAUUGGAGUUCAUUACAGGUGGUGAAUUGUUCGAUAAAAUUAUACAUCAUGGACGUCUUAGCGAGGCUGAAGCUAGAAGAUAUUUCCAACAGCUUAUUGAUGGCGUAGAUUAUUGCCACAGCAAGGGAGUCUAUCACAGAGAUUUGAAGCCAGAGAAUCUUUUACUUGAUUCACAAGGCAAUAUAAAAAUUUCAGAUUUUGGUUUAAGCGCAUUACCAGAACAGGGUGUGAGUCUCCUUCGGACAACUUGUGGCACUCCAAACUAUGUAGCCCCCGAGGUACUCAGUCACAAGGGUUACAAUGGUGCUGUGGCAGAUGUUUGGUCCUGUGGGGUUAUCCUCUAUGUCCUAUUGGCUGGAUACCUUCCCUUUGAUGAGCUUGAUCUAACCACCUUAUACAGUAAGAUUAAUAAAGCAGACUUUUCAUGCCCUUCUUGGUUUCCUGUAGGGGCAAAAUCAUUGAUAUGUAGAAUUUUGGACACAAAUCCUGAAACGCGUAUAACCAUAGAACAAAUAAGAAACGAUGAAUGGUUUCAGAGGGGAUACGUUCCAGUCAGCCUUCAGGAGCAUGAAGAUGUAAAUCUGGAUGACAUAAAUGCUGCUUUUGAUGAUGCCGAGGAAGAGAGAGAUAUUCGUCAAAGCCAUAAUGAGGACAUGGGUCCCUUAUUGCUUAAUGCAUUUGACUUGAUCAUUCUAUCUCAAGGCUUAAACCUCGCAUCAAUGUUUGACAAGGGACAGGGCUCUCUUAAGCAUCACACACGUUUUAUAUCUCAAAAGCCAGCAAAGGUGGUUUUAUCAAGUAUGGAAGUUGUGGCCCAAUCAAUGGGAUUUAAGACGCAUAUUCGCAACUUUAAGAUGAGAAUAGAGGGUGUCUCAGCAAAUAAAACAUCUUUUUUCUCGGUUAUUCUGGAGGUUUUUGAGGUGGCUCCCACAUUUUAUAUGGUGGACAUUCAGAAUGCAGCUGGAGAUGCUGGCGAAUAUCUCAAUUUUUACAAGAGUUUUUGCGGCAAUCUUGACGAUAUAAUCUGGAAACCACCUCAUGAAGCAAGCAAAUCAAGGAUCUCUAAGACUAAAAGCAAAAGGCGAUAGUUUCAUCCGUUGUAAUACCUUCCUCUUUGAUUGUAAAAAAAGGAAGAGGGGGAGGGGGUGUAUUCAUAGUUAUAGAACAUCAACUUCUCUCACAAUUGAGAGUUAUAGUGUUAUAGAUUAUAUGUUUAUAUGUUUGUAGAGAAUAAUUUCUAUUAGUUGACAGUGUGUCAUUGCAUAGAAAUUAUUCUUUAUGUUUUUUAUCGAUCAUUCGAUCUAGAAUCGCUGGUUUUCAGUAAAUCUUUAUUGUUUGGUUUCUUAGUCCUACUUCUAAAAUUCCUCCUCUUGAGAAAUUCGAGAAUGGAAGCUUUUUUUUUUUUCCCAUCUCCCAGAAGAGUGUAUGCAAUGUUUGUGGCCAUUAGUUUGGUUUGAUACAUUAUAGAUAGAUCUCUCUUGGCACUUAAUUUCCUCCAUUUACCAAGCUUAAAUUGACCUGA